AUGCAAUAUAUAAAUGGACUAGAUUUAGUGGAAAGUGUUCACAAAGAAGUUAAAUAUUUAAUAGAAAGUACUACAAUCAAUUGGACAGAUCUGGGGGAAUAUGAAGAGUGUACAGUUCAAUCUUUUGAAAAUCCGACAGAAGAAGGUUUAAUUUUUAAAUGUGUUGGGGAAAUUGAUACAUCACCAGAAUUACCAUUAAAUGUUUUAUAUAAUGCAAAUUUACAAAAAACAUGGGACUGUUUAUGCAUAGAGUCAAAAAAAAUAGAACAGUUAGAUAGUUGCAAUACAGUAGAUUUUUAUACAUUUGCGUCACCACUUGGCGGUAUACCAAGAAGUUUUGUAUUUUUAAGACAUUUUGAUAUUGACUAUGAGAAUAAAGCAGCAUAUUGUGUUAUUAGAUCAAUUCAUCAUGAAUCGAUAGAAAACCCAGAAUAUAUGAAACCAUCAGGUUGGCAGUUUUUAGAAGUUACACCAAAUAGAACAAGAAUUACUUUAGUUGCACAGAUUUCAGAUUUAAUGAUUGCACCAUAUCUACGGGUCAACUCGGUUGAUUUAAAAAGGUUAUAUAGAAAUACAGGUAUUCAAAUCACAAAUACAUUACCAUAUCUAAUCAAAUAUAUAAAGAAUGUUUAUGAAAAAGAAAAAGAGAAUCAUAUCAAUGGAUAUAAUCAUUCAAUGGAAAUUCCAAAGAGUAUUAGCGAAAUUAGAAACGAUAGAAUGAUUGCCAAACAAAUAGAACAAUUGGCAGAAGAAUUAGAGUAUUUAGACAUUGACGAUGGUAUGAUCGAUAUAUAUAAAAGACCAACAAGUAUUUUCAAAGAGACUGGUAAAACUAUUGGUGAAAUAGAGGAUAAACCCGCACUAAAUGGAUGGAACAUUUAUAGAAAAUUCAAUGAUCUUAGUUUCUAUUACAAGGAUUAUGAUGAGGAUAAUAUCGAUUUUGUUUGUAGUGGCAGUAUAUUUAUAGAUGCAAGUUCAGAAGUUAUAAGCUCAUUUAUAUUUUCAGAUUAUUCAUGCAAAUUGGACCAAUGGACUAGUGGAAUGACAACUUUAAAACAAAUUGACAAUGUUACAUCAUUGGAGCGUAUGCAAUUUAGAUCAAUUUUAAAUCCAAAAGAAGAAUUAAAAACAAUUUUGGUUAAACAAGUUAAUCAUCUACCAAAAGGCAUUGUUUUUCUGGGGUAUCGUUCUUUAUUAAAGCCAAGAAUGUCAGAAAAAUUCUUUUGGUAUUAUCCCUCUGGUUAUUAUAUUUGUCCACAGGAAAGAGGUUGUAUAGUUAGAAUUUUAUUAAGAUUUAGAAUGUUUUUACCAACAUUUUUAUAUAAGGUUUUUCCAAAGAAAAAGAUAUUAUAUAUUAUUUCAGAAAAAACUAGAGCAACGAUUGAAUCAAUUAAAACCUAUUCAAUUAAUCCAUCCUAUACAAUAAAUUAUAAUAAAAUUUUUCCACAUUGGAAUAAUUAUGAAAAAUUUUCAGAAUUAGCAGAGAUGUUUUCAAACUGUCAUCUUUAUCCGCCAAAUAAUAAUAAUAUUAACCCAACAAGCCCAAAGAAAAUUUCUGGUUUACCAUUACCACCACCAUCACCAUACGAAAAUGAAAAGAAAAGAAAAUUUAGAGAUAAUGGAAUAAAUUCGACAUCAAUUACAGUUCCAACCCAAUUUUGUUUUUCAACAUCACCACCAAACGAAAGUAAUACACAUCAUAGCUCUGAUGGAACCGGAUCAGCUUUUCAACCAAAUGCAACAAUUUGCACUGGUUCAACAUCACUAACAAGUAUCCAUAGUGAUAGUUGUAUGUCUAUUGAUAAAAUCGAAUACUUAAGAUUUUCGCAAGAUUGGGAAAACUUUAUUACAAAGAGACCAUUUGUAUUAUUGAUGGAAAGUGGAAUACACCUAAACAAACCUCAAAAGAAAGUUCCAAAACAAACUUUAACAAACGAAAAUUUAAAAACAGAUUCGUUAUUUGGACAUUUACCAUACGAAAUUAUAUUAUUUGUAUUUUCUUUUAUGGAUGCUCAGUACUUAUUAAGGAUGGCCCAAACUUGUAAAUAUUUCAACCUAAUUUGUUCCGAUGAUAAUGUUUGGAAGGAAUUAUAUACAAAGAAGUUUAACAGAAAUAGCUCAGAUUCUCUUUUUAAAUGGAGCUCGAUCGAAGAUAAAAAUUUAGAAAAAUCAAAUAAUAACAACAUGGAUGAUCUUAGCAGUAAUGGUGAUAUGGAGGAUAUUCAAACAAGCAUCGAUUCUAAAGACUCCACAUGUAAUAAUUGCAACGGUUGUAUACCAUCUUCAACAUCAUCGAUAGACCAGCCACAAUUGCAACCACAACCGCAACUACAAACACAAUUACAACCACAAUUACAACAACAACCGCAAUUGCAACCACAACAAGUAAAUAAAAUUGCAUUGCCAAUUGUAAACCAACUAAAGGAUAAUAAUUAUUGGAGGAAUAUGUUUAAAGAAAAAGAGGUAGUUAGUAAAAAUUGGAAAACUGGUAAUGGUAGAACAAGUCAAUUAAGAGGACAUAAGGCCAAAAUUACAUGUUUACAAUUAGCACCAGAUCAAUUUUUAACUUCAUCAAAAGAUAAAGAGUUUAAAAGUUGGAACAUUGCCACCAAACAAUGUGAGGGAAGUACUAGGAAUAGUUCAGCAGUAAUUUCAUUUGAAAAAGAUAACGCCUCAAAGCUUUCAACCGAAAUCUUUCCAUAUUGCGUUUAUACCCAUGGGUUUAUAAGACUUGGUUGUUCAAAUGGUACAAUUCAAUUUUACAAUUUAGCAACUAAAGAGGUCGAAAGAGAGCAAAGAUUCAUUUAUGUUUCUGAUGGUUUUAUUUUCAAUAAUAGAGAUGUUUUCUCAUGGGAAAAUAAUACCGUUAAGCUUUAUGAUCAAGAUACUGAACAACAACUAAUUAGCUAUCAAGCUGAAGGUACCAAGAUUAAACAAUGUAAACUAGGAAAAUUUAGAAAUUAUUAUUUUAUAGGUUGCACAGAUAAAUCAUUGAAGCUUUGGGAUACAGAUUCAAAUAAAAUUACACAGGUUUUUAAUGGUCAUAAAGGUGCUAUUAACUGUAUAGAUUUCCUUGGAGAUUAUCAAGUUUUAACUGGUUCAAGCGAUAGAACUAUUAAUUUUUGGGAUUUUAGAAAUAAUCAAGUUCCAAUCUAUUCAAUUAAAUCUCAUACAUCAAAAGUUAAGGCAUUUAGUAUGUAUAAUAAUUCGAGAAUGUGCUCUGGGGAUGAAAAUAGUAUUUUUCUUUGGGAUUUAAAUGGCCCACCAACUCUCUUAUCAACAAUUAAAAAUCUCUCACCAGUAGAGUGUCUAUCAAUGGAUGGCGAAACAAUGAUGGCCGGUUUUUCAAAUGGCGGAGUUACAUAUUAUGACUUUAAUAGUCAUUAA